ACUCUGUGCGGCUCACUGUCGUGGACUGUACUCGGUUCUGCUGGCAGCUGGUCACCUUACGUUCUGUUUGUGGUUCUGAAAGUUUAAAGUGGACAAAAGAGCUUUUUUCCCUCUUUGUUGAAGAUCCAGCACAACAUGGCAGGAAACAAAACAGUCGACACCGAAAAACUUGGCACUGUCUUUCCAGAAUCCACACCCUCAGUCUCCUCUCGACUGAAAGCCUUUCGUCGGCAGUUUCAUACAGUCCGUGCUACUGCUGGGGACACUGUCCACCUGCACUGUCGCCUCUCACCUGAAACCAGUACAGCGGCCAGAGAGGUCAGGUGGUUUAAGGGGACAGACUGUAUUGAAGUGUUCCAGGUCACUGUGGGAAGUUGCUGUGAAGGCAGUGGGAAACUGACACUGAGAGAUGCUAAAGUCACUGAUUCUGGACAAUACAGGUGUGAAAUGCUGGGAGAGAAGAAAGAGGAGAUGUCCGUUAUUCAUCUGCACGUAUCAGAGUUUAAACUGGUCUCCAGAUCAGAAGAUGUUGGAAAGCCGUCUCAUGUUGAGCCUCUGAAACCCACUUCGAAGCAGCAGAGCUCUCCAGAUUUUGGACCUCAUGUUUUUUGUGGUCAUGAUGUCACUCUGCCCUGUUACCUCUCUCCUGAAACCAGUGCUGUAGCCAUGGAGAUCAGGUGGUUUAAAGGGACAGACUGCAUUUACCUGUACCUGAAUGGUCAGGUAACAGAGGGGAGGGGCUACGAGGGCAGAGUGAGCAUGUUCACAGACGAGCUGCAGAGAGGAAACGUGUCUCUGAGUCUGCGAGAUGUUCAGAGGUCAGAUUAUGGAGAGUACAGGUGUGAGGUCACUCAUGGAGGACACAGGGUGAAAAACGAUGGAGUGCGAAUAAAAGCUCCAGGUUGUUUUUGGAGACGUAACAAGGGAUCUAAACCUUUUAAACAUCAACUCCAGCUUGUUUCAGGAGAUUUAACAAGGGACCUGAACCUGUUAAAACACCAACUCCAGGUUGUUUUUGGAGAUUUAACAAGGGACCUGAACCUGUUAAAACACCAAAAAAGCGAAAAAGACGUGCGAGUGAUUCGAGUGACCAUCGGCCCAAAGAGCCAGAAAAGCCAGGGAGAAGGUGGAGUUGUGAAAUGCUUCCUCCAGAGUUGUGAGGAGAGAAAGAGCAGCUCAGCCACCCAGCAGAGAAACUACAGGAGGAUCCAGGAGAGAGAGCGACAGAGAGAGCGACAGAGAGAGCGACAGAGAGAAGGGACUUAAGAAUUCAGUAGCACUAUAUUUUCCAGUGCGCUCAAUGUCUGGUUUUAACAGGUAAAUUUGUAAGUAACGUCUGAUUCAUUCUUCACAGGUUGGAUAUUAAAGUAAACAGUACCUUGUGUAACAGGUACAUACAGCCGUACUUGGUUCUACAGCGCAGUAAUUACUCAGAGUUUAACAGGUAAUGAUGUAUUUCACAUGAAUAUGUAAAUACACAGUAAUGUGAGAAACUGCAGGUACUUGUGAGGAAUUACAAACCCAAUAGUUUUACAUAAAGAGCUUCCUGUAUGUUUUAACUGUUGUUUUCUGAACACCACGGUGUUUGGAGGGUGUUUGGUCUUUGAGGUUAGUGACACACUGGAAUGAAAAUUCUUGGGUGAAACCAAAAGAGAAAUUCAGGACACACUCGGCAGAGACCUGAAACAAAGCAGCUGACAAUAAAUAAAAAGUGUUUACAUAAAAAAAAAAACCCUUAAAUAUUGAUCACAGUACACUACCUCCAGAAUGUACCUCAGAAUUGUACAUCCUCCACAACAGAGAAUGGUUGAUCAUUCAAAUCAAUGAAUAACAUUUUUUUUGGUUAUUUAUUGAACUGGCUGUUAUUUGCUUGUUUGUUUUUUUUUUAUAUAGUGGUUAUUUUAUAAAGUGUACAGAUGGCCUCAACAUGCUCUCAGGGACUUUCUGCUUCUGUUGUGAAAAUAAUACAAAAAUAGUUGUCAACAAAAAGAAAUGCAAACAAAACAGAGGGCUCAUUAAAAGUCAGAGCUCAGGCGCAUUCAGAAUGAUCACACAGGAGAACAGCGGCAGUGAGGGCUGAAAUGAUCCAUGAAGAAAUGGAGAACAGAUGAGGCAGAUGGGUGAAGCCGGUGGUGAGUAAACGGCUUAGGAUGACGAAUGAAUGAAUUACAGGUAGGAUAACCUCAGUACAGUUUUCCUGGUAACAGCAAUUUAAGUCAUUUUACUUUCAGUUUAUUUCUGUUGAAAUAUUCAAGUAUUUUCAUUUUAAUGCAGUUAUUAUAAAAUAACUGAUGUUUUCGGGGGGAAAACAUGCCUCAACUCUCCUCAGUUCCCUUCGGCUGCCUGCCUGCUCCUUCUGCAGUUACAGUCCAGUCCCCAUCCUACUGAAAUGUUUUCAUUGUACCUGCUGCCUUGGCUAGUGCGGCCUCAAUAGGAUCUGCCUGCCCAGUCACACAUGCUCUCCUUGCUUGAUUCCAGUGCUUUCAGCAUGGCUGCGGCACUUUCAAGGCACGGCAGCUUGCCUGCCCCCACUCCUGCCCAGGCCUGCCUCAAGCCUCUUCCAAACUGCACCCCUAACUGGACAGGCAACCACGCACCAGUGCGCCAUUAUGGACAGAUCGUGUCGCCUGUACUGUCUUAUUGACACUCUGUCACAGCUCCGCCGGAGGUAACCCCUUCAACGGCCAUUCCAACCAGCUACACAAGUUCCUCAUCUCUCCUGCCUUUGUCUCUUUCCACCUUCCUCAUAUUUACUCCCUCUCUUCUCCCUAGUACAGGGCCAAAAUUCCUGUCCUUUACCAUGCCUUGCCUCUGCUCAGUUGGAUGCAAUGCCUUAUUCCAUUAAGCCUUUUUGCUAAAUUGUUACAGUACCGGUUAAAAGUUUGGACAUACCAAUCAAAGGUUUGGACUUUCUCAUUCGUUGUUUUCUACAUUGUUGAUUAAUACUGAAGACAUCAAAACUAUGAAGUAAGACACAAGCAAACAAAAAAGUGUUGAACAAGAAUGUCUUUCAGGGACAGUCGUGGGCUGGAGGUUAGGGAACCAGCCUUGUGACCGGAAG